AUUUGUAUUACUUUACUCGACAGUUGAUUUUUGGCACUUCAUUCUGCAGUUAAAAUUGACUCUCUCUCUCUCUCGCUCUCCGUCGAUCAGCCGACGUCGUAAAAUAUCGCUCUGUGAAUAUUCGAAAUCAAGGUACUUCUCUGUAGUCAGUGAAAUGUGCUUGAAUUCGCUCAGCUGAAGUGUUUACCUACAGUUGGUGCGAUUAAGCGUUCUUCGCCACUACGAUGCAAUCAGGAUAUGAUAUUAAUCAUCUGGCUCGAGAAGCUCAAAGUCGGUGGUUAAAGCCCGCUGAAGUUUAUUUCAUAUUGAAGAAUUAUGAGGAGCACCAGCUCACCCACAAAAUUCCUCAAAAACCUACUAGUGGAUCUUUAUAUCUGUUCAACAAACGAGUGCUAAAGUUUUUCCGGAAAGAUGGUCAUAGUUGGCGUAAAAGAAAGGAUCAGAAAACCAUUGCUGAAGCACAUGAACGGCUUAAGGUUGGAAAUGCUGAAGCCCUAAACUGUUACUAUGCUCAUGGAGAGGAGAACAAUAGCUUUCAAAGACGCAGCUACUGGAUGUUAGAUCCGGCAUACGAGCAUAUUGUUCUUGUGCACUACAGAGAUAUUCGUGUGGGAAUGGAGAAGUCUGGAUCACCAUCUCUUCUUCCAACACGAUCUCCUUCCACCUUCAGUCCUAGUCCUGCGUCUUUUGCAUCUGAGUUGCCAGACUCGCCCUUUGUCAUUGGUGAAUCUUAUGAAUUGUAUCAUAAUGAAUCAAGUCCCAGCUCGGUGGAGAUAAGCUCUAGUCAAAUUGUCAACAAUCAUGUAAUGAAUCAGUUGGAAGAGAGAGCAAAUGAAGUAAAUAGUUCUUCAGGGCCUGAUAUGGACCAGGCAUUAGAAAGAAUUAGGCACCAACUAAGUUUAAAUGAUGAUGAGGUGACAGACUUUAAUAAAUACUACUUUGAGGCCGAGGAUUCAAAUGACCUAGAUGUGCUGCGGGAAUAUGAAUUUUCUAGUCUGACACCAAAUAGUACAGACAACAUUCUUCCAUUACAAUCAGAUGGUGGAGUUCAACAGCACCAGAAACCACCAGGACCUGAAGUUGACAUUUGGAAAGAGAUGCUGGAUGGCUCCAAGAAUUUUCCAAGUGCAGAAUCAGCACCGCAGUUCGGAGGGCAUGAAACUCCUUCGUUAAUCCUCGAAGAAGUAGAUUCACAGAAGUAUCAUACAUAUACUCCUAUACCACAUGCUUACCCUCCAGCUUGCAGUUCGCCGUUAUUUUACCAAGAUGGUUUGGGAAGUUCUCUUGACAACAACGUGAGUUUGACCAUUGCCCAAAAACAGAAGUUCACUAUCCGUGAGAUAUCUCCAGAGUGGUGUUAUACCUCUGAGGGUUCAAAGAUCCUCAUUAUUGGUUCUUUCUACUGUGAUCCUUCGGAGUGCGAAUGGGCUUGUAUGAUUGGUGACAUUGAAGUUCCUGUCCAGAUCAUUCAAGAAGGUGUCCUCUGCUGCUAUGCUCCAGCUCACCUGCAGGGGGAAGUUAGUAUUUGCAUCACUUCUGGGAAUCGAGAGGCUUGCAGCGAAGUCAGGGAGUUUGAAUAUCGAGCCAAGUCUGAUGUUUGUGCACACAGUCACAGUAAUUUAACUGGAACAGAGGCUUAUAAGAAUCCAGAGGAACUCGUGUCGCUUGUCAGAUUUGUGCAAAUGCUGCUAUCUGAUGCUCAGCAAGCCUCUGAAUCAAGAACUGAUGAAGACUCAUGGAGCCAAGUCAUUCAUGCACUUUUGGUUGGUGCUUCUACAUCAUCAAGCACUCUUGAUUGGCUUCUCCAAGAACUUCUCAGGGGCAAGUUGGAAGUAUGGCUUUCGUCUAAAUUACAAAAUAGUAACGAGAAAGACUGCUCUUUAUCCAAGAACGAACAAGGUAUCAUACACAUGGUUGCCAUAUUAGGAUUUGAAUGGGCGUUGCAACCAAUUUUGAACUCUGGAGUAAGCGUUAACUUCCGCGACAAUAAUGGAUGGACUGCUCUUCAUUGGGCUGCACGAUUUGGGAGGGAAAAGAUGGUGGCUGCACUGAUUGCAUCUGGUGCGUCGGCUGGUGCAGUUACUGAUCCCAAUUCACAGGACCCUACUGGGAAAACAGCUGCAUCAAUUGCUGCUUCCUACGGCCACAGGGGACUCGCAGGUUAUCUCUCGGAAGUUGCAUUAACCACUCACCUAACAUCCCUGACACUGGUGGAGAGCGAGCUCUCUAAAGGCUCUGCUGCCUUGGAAGCAGAAAGAGCCGUAAAUAGUAUAUCAUCCUCCGAGUACGAGGAUGAGGAUUCCCUCCGUCAGACUCUGGCCGCAGUUCGCAAUGCUGCUCAGGCUGCUGCACGCAUUCAAUCAGCGUUCCGUGCUCACUCAUUCCGGAAGAGGCAGCAGUGGGAAUCCGCAAUAGCCAUUGGUGGAGAUGAAUUCUCCCUCCUGGAGGAGGACAUUCAUGGGCUUUCAGCUGCGUCAAAGUUGGCAUUCCGCUCUACACGCGACUACAACUCGGCCGCCGUAUCCAUACAGAAGAAAUAUAGAGGGUGGAAAGGUAGGAAGGACUUCCUCGCACUGCGCCAGAAAGUCGUCAAGAUACAGGCUCAUGUGAGGGGCUACCAAGUUAGAAAGAACUACAAGGUUUGCUGGGCAGUUGGUGUGCUGGAGAAGGUCAUACUAAGGUGGCGGCGGAGGGGAGUGGGGCUUCGGGGAUUCCGGCCGGAGCUAGAAUCCAUCGACGAGACCGACAUCCUCAAGGUGUUCCGGAAGCAGAAAGUAGAUGAAGCCAUUGAUGAAGCCGUGUCCAGAGUGCUGUCCAUGGUGGAAUCUCCCGAGGCGCGUCAGCAGUAUCAUCGUAUUCUUGGCAAAUAUCGUCAGGUUAAGGCUAAACUCCAAAAUGCAGACUCCGACACAGCUUCUUAUGAUGAGAUUGAUGAUGAGAUUUACCAGCCAACGUAGCUGCUGCUAAUUGCCAACUUGGAACGUGGAAUUGUGGGUGUGACGUGUCAGUAGCCCCAUUUGCCUUGGGCAACGAUAGAAUCAUCUAGAGCGAAAGAAAGAGAUGGGAUCAAACAGAAAAGGUGGAGAUGAGAGAGAGAGAGCCAUAAGGAAAAACGAAUGGAGGAAGAAGAAAGCAACAGCACCAAACUCUCCUCCAUCGGAAGCAAGCCCUUGUCCGAGGUUACUCUAAAUUCUUGAUGGAUUGAGAUGGUUAACUACAGCAAUCUUUUCUAACACAACCCCAAUUUCCGCAGGUAGAGUCGUCAUCGGAAGAAGAGGAUAGACAUGCAAGAGAUGAUGAUGAUGAAGAAACGUCCAACAAAGAGAUUAUCAAAGAGCUCAAGAACAUACAGCGGCAGAACACAAUCACUCAUUAUCUCCUCACAGUUUCAAUUCUGGUGACCGUGGCAUGGCAGCUCUCAGAAUUUUCUCUCAUUUUGAGAAUCAAACAAGGCUUCAACAACCCUCUCAAAUCCAUUGGAGGAGCAAUCAAAGCCCUCCUCAACACCAGCACUCAAGAUAAUGAGCAGAAGCAAACACAGGUUAUGCCACCAACCUACCUGCCGGGCCUUAAGAUCCCCGAUUUUCCCGGAUUCGACACCAGCAACGAAGAAGACGACGAUGAUUAGAUUAGAGUAGAGUAGAUCAAUUUCUCAAGGUGUUCAUCAAUUCCAAUUCCAAUUCAAACUCAAAUGUGAUGAGUCUAGCCAUACAAGAAAGAAACUCUUUGUCAUUGUAACAAAGCAUCAAAAACACAAGCAAUUUUGUCCAAUAUCUGGAACAACAAAUAAA